GUGUCCAUCCGCGCCGAGGUAGUUAAAAGAAGCAAAUAUGAGUUUGGACCGAUGCUAAAGACACUGUAAUUGAGAUAAACUGCCUACAAAAAGAUUUAAGGCCGUCUAGUUAAAGUUUACGCGAAGUUCCUGGGCGUUAUAAAUUUGUAAAGGCGGGACUACACUGCGCAGCGGAAGGAUUUGGGGCUGUGAUUCUCGUUUUCCUUUUGGGGAAAGUGCUGCGAGUUUUGGAAAUAGAGGAGGUUGAGCGUGAUUGAGCGUGAGACAACUAGCCUUUGAGUCGGGGUAAAGGGUCUAAUGGUGCAGCAUCACUUCUGAAACUUACGCACCACUUAUAAGGGACACUGGAUUUUUUUUCCCCUCCCUACUGUCCGUGUCGUGUCUGUUUAUUUAGCUCAUUGCUGGUUGGUGUGUGUGCUUUGCUGUAAUUAAGCACACACCGGCAGCGUUGUCUUUUUGAAGACACUGCUGUGUAAUACAUAAUGCUACCUAGCCAGGCUGGGACGGCACCAGCAGGGAACGGGUCAGGAUCGAGCAAGGGUAACGCGGGUCACGGGGUAGGAGUGAUUGGGAGCGGGGUUGCUACCAGCUUGGCAAGAGCAGGGUUAGUUGGAGUCAGCGGUGGGGUUGGUCGAUCGGGGAACGGGCCAGCGAUGUUGGGGGGCAACGGGGCAGCAGGGGGUUCUCGCGGGGGGCAACGGGCCGGGAACGGGGCAGGACUGGCGGGAUUGCAAGGAGCAGGAGCGGGGGGGCUCGGGAGUAUGGGGUCAGUAGUCGGGGGGCAAGGGGUAAGCAGGUUUGACCCCGACCGGGAAACCUCAGCCAUGGGGUUCAGCGGCUCGGACGCCGAUUCAGACUCUGCUGAUGACGAUGAACUGGCAGGGUUGGGUCAGGGGACCAUCAGCCGAGGGGUGAAGCGGGAGAGAGCCGAGAUAGAAUCCGGCGUAAUGGGGCAAGGAGCCGGGACGCCAGCUGGAGGCUACAGCGGUGUGUCAGGUGGGGUGGCUGGGGCAAAACCUGGCAAAAAGACGCGAGGAAGAGUCAAGAUUAAAAUGGAGUUUAUUGACAACAAACUGAGGCGUUACACGACUUUCAGCAAAAGGAAGACUGGCAUCAUGAAAAAGGCGUACGAGCUCUCAACACUGACGGGCACACAGGUGCUGCUGCUGGUGGCGAGCGAGACGGGCCACGUGUACACAUUCGCCACGCGCAAGCUGCAGCCCAUGAUCACCAGUGAGACGGGCAAGGCGCUGAUCCAGACAUGCCUCAACUCCCCCGACUCUCCUCCCCGCUCCGACCCCACCACAGACCAGCGAAUGAGCGCCACUGGCUUCGAGGAGACAGACCUCACCUACCAGGUGUCCGAGUCUGACAGCAGCGGGGAGACCAAGGACACCCUAAAGCCUGCCUUCACGGUGGCCAGCUUGCCUGGCACCUCCACCUGUAACCCCACAGCGCCCACCACCACCACCAUGCAGGUGAGCAGCGGAGCCUCCUUCCCCAUUACCAACUACCUGGCGCCUAUCUCUGCCAGCGGCAACGCCAACAGCAUCACCAGUGCAAACGGGACGGUGCUCAAAACGGCAGCCACCUCUGGUGGAGUCAUGCAGCUCCCCAGCGGCUUCACCUUCAUGUCAGGCACUCCGCUCCCCCCUGGCACCCCUACCAUUCCGAUCAGUCAGUUACAGUCGCACUCGCUGGCCAUCCAGGGUCAGCCCGGCCAGACCAUCACUGGGGCUCAAGGGCAGCAGACAGUCUUCCGCUUCCCAGCGUCCGUCUCGCUAGCAGGGGGCACAGUGACUCAGCAGCUACAAGCGAUCCAGGUCCACUCCUCGACGCAGCACAGCACCGGCACCACUGACACCGGCCCUGAGAACUCGCAGGCCUCCUCCAGCUCUGCAGUCAGCCUCCCAGCCACGAUCGUGACGUCGUCUGUUCCCACGACGAUGGCGGGUCACAUGAUGUACCCCAGUCCCCACACGUUGAUGUAUGCCUCCACGCCCGCGCUGGCUGACGGCAGCCUGGCCGUGCUGAAUGCAUUCACCCAGGCCCCCUCCGCCAUGCAGGUCUCCCAUGGGCAGGUGCAGGAGCAAGGUGGAGUCCCUCAGGUGUUCCUCACAGGCCCUCCAGGAACGGUACAGAUACCCGUCUCAGCUGUGCAGUUACAUCCAGUACGGAAAGAUCUUCAUUUUACAACAACCAUAGAUGAUGAUAGUUUCUCAUUGGGUCUGGACUACUCACAUGACCCACCCACACUCAUCCACAUACACAGGAGAGAAGAUGGUCAUUGGGCAGCAGUCGAGUAACAGCAGUCACCUGACGGAGUUGCAGGUUGUGAACCUGGACGCUGCACACAACUCCAAGAGCGAGUGACCAUCUCGCCAACACAGAUAGAGGAGCCCAAGAGCGCAGCGUUUAUUUAAGAACAAUUAUUUAUUGAUGCCUUUUCUCCUCACCAUGUUUUUAAUUGAUUAUUAUUAUUAUUAUUAUGUAUAUUUUU